AUGAAUAGAACCUAUUUGAAUUUAUCUACUCAUCCAAUAACUUCAACAGUUGAUAAUACUUCAUUGAAUACAAUGUCAACAACAAAAGUUCGUUUCAGUUCAGAUUUAUGUAAUGGUCAUAUAUCGUCAUCAUCAUCAUCCUUUAAAACAAAUUCAAAUAAUUUAUGCGAUGCACCAUCUUCAUCAUCAUCAACUGGUGAUUAUUCAACAUCAUCUGAAUUCAGUAGUACAUCACAUAUUUUGAAAAACUUUACUAUUGGUGAUCGAGUUUUUUUAAGUAGAACAAAACAACAUGGUACAAUUGCAUAUAUUGGACCAACACAUUUUUCCGCUGAAGAUCUUGUCGGUGUUGUAUUAGAUUCCAACUCUGGGAAACAUGAUGGCAGCAUAAAUGGAAUACGAUAUUUUCAGUGUCCAGCAAGACGUGGGUUAUUUUGUCCGAUCGGUGACUUGUUCCCAGUGGACCAAAAAAACAUUUUUUCGAGAAAUAGAAUUAGACCUAAUACUAAUUGUGAAGUCAACCAGAAGCUCAAGUUUCGUAUCUCUGAUAAACGGGCAUCAUCUAAUUCCUUCUGUAAUCAAUUUGACAGAUAUGACCGUAAACGUCAUUCAUUUAGACUUCCUAAAACAACAGAUAAUGCAUACUUACAAGAAAGUGGAAAAUUUCAGAGAUCCUGGUCUGAAAGGAGUAGAUCUACUGGAAAACUAUGGAAAGAUUCUGAAUUUAGUACCUCCAAUCGAAUUGUUGAACCCUAUGACGUACCAAAGGAAAUAAAAGAUCAUCGAUAUAAUACUCUACCAGAAUAUUCAAAUUGCUCUUCAAAUAAUACAUCAUUAUCUAGUUUACAUUUUAUUCGAACCGUUUCCUCUACAUCAAAAUUAUAUGAUCAACGUCAUAGAAAUAGUUUAAAUAAUAAUAAUAAUAAUAAAUUAAACUUAUUCAAUUCAAAAUAUUCUUCUAAUAAAUUGUCAACAUAUACAUCCAAUUCAUCUUUAUUCAAUGUACAAUUUAGAAAUUCUUUAAAAUUAAUUAAAUUAAAAACUAAAUUAAAUAAAUAUUCUGUUGAACAAUUAAUAAAUAAUAAUUUUAAUAAUAAAAAUUAUCAUUUACAACAGAAUUAUUUAUUGAAUGAAAAUCAAUUAGUUCUUAUGAAUAAUGUUAUUCAUUGUGCACAAGAAAGAUUAAAUGAUUUACAAAAUCAAGUUUUACAAUAUCAUGAAAUGAAUGUGAAAUUAACAAAACAAUUAACAUUUGUUAAAAUAUGUCAGCAAGAAAUUUUGUGUAAACUUGGUGAAGGACCAAAGAAUGAUGUGUGUGAAUCACAGCAAAUAGAUCAACAACAAAAAGAACGAAUUUGUGAAAUUAAACAUAAACUUUUUCUAGAAUAUGAAAGAUUACAAAAUUUGGCAAAGAAUUUUUCUGCGCUAAAAAUUACCAAUAUGGAUAUCAUUCCAAAGGUUGUAUAUAAUGGCCAAAAUUGUAAUAAGCAAACUAUUCUAAACAAUUGUUAUAAGGAGGAAAAUAGUGUUGUCAUGGCAACUGUUCAUCCUUUUGAAAAAAGUGAUUACAGUAACAAAAUCACUGCUAAUAAUGAUGUUUAUUGUAAAGAUAUAACAUCCAAUAAUAAUGGUGAUAAUCUUAAAAGUCAACUGGAUAAUACUAGUAAUUUACAGGAAGUUAUGAAACUUAGAAAACAAAUACUUAUCAUUUAUGAAUCUUAUCAAUGUCAUUAUCAAGAUGUAUUGAAAAAAUUAAAAACUUAUCAAUAUGCAUUAAAUGAUCAAAUGUGUGAAAUACGCAAGUGUGAUCUUAACGAAGACUCGCAUUCAUUUUCCCUACCGACCAAAUCAAUUGCUCUAUCCAGCUGUCAUUACAACAUUAACAAUUUGCAUUUAUUUGAUCCAGAGUGUGACGCACAGAAAUCAUUGGACUUUCAUAAAUCAAUUUGUGAGGAACAUAAAAUGCUAUUGAAAGAAGCUAAAAAUAAAAAUUACAAACUUUCGAUGGAACUAAGUGUCGUUAAUGCAGAGAUAACACAUCUCAAUGGUCGACCAGAAAUACAACUACAUAACCACCUAAAGAAGUUAGAAUUAUCUAAAACUACCAAUGAUAAUUUACAUCAAACAAUUCAACAUUUAGAAGAACAAAUUGCUAGAGUUCAUAAAGAAUUAGAAGAUGCUAAAAAUAAACUCAAUAAGGAGGAUGGUAUACAUAUGGCGCUCAUGCGAAUGAAUCUUCGAAUUCAUCAAUUAAAGCAAAUGGAAAUCAAAGCCCAUAGUCUCAUAAACGAUCAGUGCAUGAGUAUAAAAACAAAAGAAAAGGAACUAACAGAGACAAUUAAUAAAAUGGAUUUAUUGUCCGAAGUCUGGGCUAAUGAAAGGCAAGUAAAAAUUGAGACAAUUCAAAAAUUACGCGAAAAUCUUAAAUUUCUGUCAAACAAAUCUCCAAAAGUCCAUAUAACGAAUAAAGCAAUUCGAAUACAAUAUACUGACAGCAUAAGCAAUAAUGGUGAACAAAUAUCAGACACACAAGAACCUCACCUACCAUACUCGUUAUUUAGUGCUUUAUGCAAAGAAAUACGCCGUUUACAAUCUCGUUCGGUCAGUCUUGUAGAAGCAUUAGACUUAUUGAACACAGGGAGUUACAAUUCAGAAAAACUUGAUCACAUUAAAAAUUUAGUAUUUUCUUCAAACCAAACAAAAAAUACAUACACCAUAAAUUGGAAGAACAUGCCUUUGAACAAUGUCGGCACUAAUAUCAAAAGGAAUAUGGACACAAGACCAUUUAACACUGUUCGAUCUAUCAAACAGCGUAAUAACGGAACUGUAUCAUCAAAUGCCCAUUCACCUAAUAGGAUUUCAGUUGUUUCCGCAGCUUCUCGUCAUAGUAAACAUGUAACAAUCAGUGAUAAUCGCAGGCAAAGAAUUUCAUCAUACAAAAAUUAUUCUUAUGGUAAUUCUAAACAUUUGUCAGUACACGAAUCAGUUAAUGAAAAAACAGUCUAUCCUAACCCACCCACUAGUUUACAAGUAGAAAAUUCAGUCCCACCAUUGCAACAGCGACAUGAACAACAACAAGAUCUAGUGCAAGGAGAAAGAGAAGAAUGUCUACACCAACUACAAGAGCAACAGCUCUUUUAUCAUUAUAAUUUACCGAUUUCUUUCAGUCCACGUGUACAACGCCGCCCAGUUUCGUUUUAUUUAAGUCGAAAUAUAGAUAAAUUUGUAAAAUUGCCAAUUCCAGAAGCUGAUGAAGAAGAGCAGACUGACGAUGAUGAAGAAAACAUUAAUGAAGUAAUGGAUGAGGAUGAUGACGAGGAGGAGCAGUACGAGGAAAAGAACGAAAACGUAGAAGUACAAGAUAAAAAUAAAGAGCAUUGUAAUAAUCAUAUUAGGUCCCAUAACCAUGAAGGGAUUGGGGUAGAAACAUCCUAA